AUGUCCCACCCACGUGAGAGCGCGCUGGAGCUGCGAGUCGGCAAGAAAUUUCGCCUGGGCCGCAAGAUCGGCAGUGGCUCCUUUGGUGACAUUUACCUGGGCACCAACAUGACGUCGGGCGAGGAGGUUGGCAUCAAGCUUGAGUCCGUCAAGAGCAAGCACCCACAACUGCUCUAUGAAUCCAAAAUCUACAAGAUCCUCAACGGCGGACUGGGUGUCCCGAGCCUCCGAUGGUUCGGAGUUGAGGGCGAAUACAACGUCAUGGUGAUCGACCUACUUGGCCCUUCGCUUGAGGAUUUAUUCAACUACUGUGGUCGCCGCUUCCAGCUCAAGACUGUGCUGAUGAUCGCAGAUCAGCUGCUGUGCCGCCUCGAAUACUGCCACUCAAAGAACUUUAUCCACCGUGAUGUCAAGCCUGACAACUUCUUGAUCGGCCUGGGCAAGCGCGCCCAGAUCGUCCACGUCAUCGAUUUCGGUCUGGCCAAGAAGUACCGCGAUCCCAAGACGCACCAGCACAUUCCGUACCGUGAGAACAAGAAUCUCACGGGAACGGCCCGUUACGCCUCCAUCAACACCCAUGUGGGCAUUGAGCAAAGUCGACGUGACGACCUGGAGUCGCUUGGGUACGUGUACAUGUACUUCAUCCGCGGCAGUCUCCCGUGGCAGGGACUCAAGGCCAACACCAAGAAGCAGAAGUACGAGAAGAUCAUGGAGAAGAAGAUGAACACCCCCAUUGAGGUGCUAUGCAAGGGCUACCCGGCUGAAUUCCGCGCCUACUUUGAGUAUUGCCGCGCACUGCGGUUCGACGACAAGCCUGACUACGCCUACCUCAAGCGUCUGUUCAAGGAGCUCUUCUUCCGCAAGGGUUUCCAAUUUGACGCCAUGUUCGACUGGACGGUACUUAACCUGCGCAGUGGCCGUCGGGAGCGUGGCACCAGCGGUGAGGGCGAGCGCAGUGCCCGUGCUGACCCGCGCCAGGAAGCUGCCCGUGAUGGUCGCCAGAUCGCAUCGCAGGGUCGUGUGUAUGUUCGCGACGAGGCAAAGGAGGGUGACGCGCAAGUGCAGGCGCAACAGUCGUACCGCUCUGCCGGCUACCGUGACGACCGGCAGGUGGCUAUGGAUCAGGGCUACCCCGCCCCUCGUGUGGCUACUGGCGCCAGUCGCGAUGCGCUCGGUGAGGCCAAGCCGAUGAGUCGACAGCGCUAUUGA